GGAGCCAUCCAGGGUCCUGAAGAAUUUAUGGAAGGAAUGGCACUAGGUCUUAAAGCAUUAGUAGGGGGAGCUGUUGGUGGAUUAGCUGGUGCUGCAUCGAGAAUCACUGGUGCUAUGGCAAAGGGAGUAGCUGCAAUAACUAUGGAUGAAGAUUACCAGCAGAAAAGGAGAGAAGCCAUGAAUAAACAGCCCACUGGUCUGAGAGAGGGUAUCACUCGUGGCGGAAAAGGAUUAGUUUCUGGUUUUGUCAGUGGCAUAACAGGAAUAGUUACAAAACCAAUAAGAGGAGCUCAGAAAGAAGGAGCAGCUGGUUUUUUCAAAGGUGUUGGAAAAGGCUUAGUGGGAGCAGUAGCUAGGCCUACUGGAGGAAUCAUAGACAUGGCGAGCAGCACAUUUCAGGGUAUUAAAAAAGUUGCAGAUUCAUCAGAAGAUGUGGUAAGCCUGCGUCCACCUCGCUUCUUUGGUGAAGAUGGAGUUAUUAGACCUUACAGAUUAAGAGAUGGAACCGGAAGUCAAAUGUUACAGAAAAUUGAAAAUGGAAGAUUUGCAAAACUCAGAUAUAUUGCACAUGCUAUGGUCAACAGUACGGAUCUGUUAAUGGUAACAAAAAGUGGUGUGUUAUUUGUGACAAAAGGGACAUUUGGACAGCUGACAUGUGAAUGGCAAUACACGUACGAUGAAUUUACCAAAGAACCAUUCAUUGUUGAUGGCAGACGAUUACGCAUUGAAGCGAAGGAACGAGUUAAGUCUGUGUUCCAUGCCAAAGAAUUUGGUAAAAUUAUUAAUUUUAAAAGUCCAGAGGAUGCUAAGGUAAAGUCAAAAUACUAUUACAAUUAUACUGUUCUAAAUUUGGCUUAA